AUGGCGACAGAUGUACCGUCACUCACGCAACCCAAAAACACUUUUACCAUCAAAAUCGGGCUCAUAGGAGACGCACAAGUGGGCAAAACGUCGCUGAUGGUCAAGUACGUGGAAAAUGUGUUUGACGAGGAAUACACGCAGACUUUGGGGGUGAACUGUCUCAGCAAAAAAAUCACGCUCGGAUCAGCAGACAUUUUGUUCUAUAUCAUGGAUCUGGGCGGCCAGCGAGAGUUCAUCAACAUGCUUCCACUGGCGUCGGAGGGUGCCAAGGCUAUCAUCUUUCUUUUCGAUCUCACACGGCCAGAAACGCUGAAGUCGAUCCAGGAGUGGCACCGGCAGGCGACGGGUUUCAACGAAAGAGCAGUGCCCCUGCUGGUGGGAACGAAAUACGACCUUUUUGUCAAUCUGGAUCCCGAGUUUCAGGCGCAGAUAUCAAAGCAGAGCAUGCGCUACGCACAGGCAAUGGACGCUCCACUCAUAUUCUGCUCCACCUCGCAUUCGAUCAACGUCCAAAAGAUCUUCAAAAUCGUCAUUGCCAAGCUAUAUAAUCUCACCAUGCGUGCCUCAGAAAUCAAACAAAUUGGCGACCCGCUGCUCAUAUAUAAGUAUUUGGGUGGUACGCGCAGGUCCGCUUCCGCGUCGUCAAAUUCUCCCAGCGCAUCCACAUAG